UAUAUUGACAUGGGUUUUUAAUCGCCGGUAUCGACUUAAUGAUGAAUUGACGAAAAUUCUGGAUUCGUAUUGCGUACAAAUCCUGCCACAAUCAUGGCGAACGGAACACUUAUUUACGGUUUAGUGUUCCUAUGUCUAGGUUUUCUCACAUUACGGGAAUUAACACAGACAGAGGCCACGCCAAAUGAACGGCCAGCGAUGAAACUUUCACAAUUUAGCGGUCCUUCUCUGAAAAUUCUCUACUGUAUUUCCUGAGGUUACCGGCAAGUGUUCGAAGAGUACUCCCAUCGGCUUCGAGCACGGUAUCCGCAACUCAGUAUCGAGGGAGAAAACUUUCCAGCUCACCCUGUCCGGCGUUACUUAGCCAGUGCUUUCGGUAUCCUGAAGAUUGGACUAAUCAUCCUGAUCGUUAGCGGUAGCAAUCCUUUCCCUGCCUUCAAUUUAGAAACCCCAGGAUUUUGGACUUGGGCCAUCGAAAAUAAAGUUUAUUCCUGUUUGAUGUUGUUCUUCAUCAGUAACGCCAUAGAAACGCAACUUCUCUCCACGGGUGCUUUUGAAAUCUCACUCAACGACAUGCCAGUUUGGUCCAAGCUGGAGUCUGGUAAAGUUCCCCGCUACCAGGAGUUGGUCAACAUCCUGGAGAGCAACAUGAAACUCAGCUAUCAGCUCUAGCAUCCACUGAAAACAACAACAUCUCAAUAACAGAUGGACUUUCCCGACCUGCUUCAGUUGAGCGGUGGCCAUUUUCUACCCACCUCCAGCGAGCCUAUGAAGGUCAGUACACAAACCAGUCACCUGCUGGACGUGCUGACCGGACGCUGAACUCCUCGUCUGGUCGUGGGAGAAACUGGACAACACGCACAACUGACGUCAGCACACCCCCAAACACCCCCCCCCUCCCCCUUCCCCUCUCUUUGCAAUCUUUGGAAAUAUUUGUACAUUAUUUAUAAGCUAAUGGUAAAAUAAGAAACAGUUGUGUUUGUGUAUUAUUCAGUCAGGUUAAGAUGAUGUGAAGUCAGAAUGGCCACUCUUUCGGAUUUUUUCCCCCAAGUUGUGGGAAUUUUUCCCUAGAUCUUAGGAAUUUGGGUCAGGCUGGUGCAAGCCUUCGGAGAAGUACACCAAGUCUUGGGGAUUCUUUGUUUUUGAGUACAUGUGCAUGUACACACAAAAGUAUGAAUGGCGCAUGCGCAAAACAGGAACCAUUAGAAAUGGUGUAGAUAUGGGAUAUGCAUGCGGCCGGGAAAAUACUUGCUCGUUACACCACCAUGUUUGCGUAGUUAUUGCAUGUGGCACACUAUGAGUUAUCUGCCUUUUACAUCAAAAUGUUAAGAUAUACAGAGUGGCAAAAAAAAAAA